GGAAAAUGCACUCUUAGACUUAUUAUUAAAUAUGACAUUAUACAAUAUAAGAGACUAGUUAAACUCUAGUGCAGUGGGAAGCUGCGGUUGCCUCGAAAAGCCAUUGGACCCUUUGUUCGUUGCAUCUCAACCACCUCUCUCUCUUUUUGGACCCUUGGAAACCAUGGUGUGAGCUUUAAUCGAGAAAAACAGGCACCACGUUGAUAGCAAAAACUGUCACCGGAUUGCUACCGAUCGAGCCAGAUUCACAAGUUAAUUGUGAGGCGAAGUUCACCCACUUCAUCAGCCACCGCCAGAAUCACUGUGUCUUUUUCCCAGCCCUGAUGCAUCUAAGAUUGUGCCAAAAUCUUUGAGAAUUGGGUACUGAUUUGGCAAAUACGGCUCUACACAGGAGGAAGCUUCACGCUUGGAAUGCCGACCUGAAUCCAAGAAAAGUCAUAAAUUACUUUACCCCACAAAUAUUUCACGUGUCCCUUCUCCUAUUGGCAGGAUUUCCGAUUAUUUAAAUUCUCAGAUAUUUCCAGUCUGUGUGAUUUGCCGUUUUUUGCAGAGUUCACUCUCCCCCAAAACAAUACCAUGUCCGCCAGCGGAUACGGGACAAUCAACUACAGCUCUCUUCCUCUCACUCUCUCCCCUGUUUUCUUCCCUUCCAAACAUCAUGCUUUUCCCCACCAAUUUUCCUCUAUUUCACCCUUACCGUCCUUGUGAUUAUGCACCACAAACCCCAAACUUCUUCUGGCCGUAUCUUCUUUUACAUCCCUGGGAAAUCCCACUUAUUUUAGUGAACCAAAUGACCUUUCUUUAUGGUCAGGAAAAUGUUUCCUUUGCCUGAUUAGGAAGAAGCUUACUUGAGACAUGGAAGAGCAAGCUGAGAACCAAGGCAUCAGCAAGAAGAAUGGAACCAGGAAUAUCAUCUUUAGAAAGUACGAGAUGGGGAGGGUUUUAGGCCAAGGCACCUUUGCCAAGGUCUACUACGGGAAAAACAUUUCAACUCAAGAGAGUGUAGCCAUCAAAGUUAUCAACAAAGACCAAGUCAAGAAAGAAGGUUUCAUGGAGCAGAUAAAGCGAGAAAUUGCGAUCAUGAGGUUGGUGCGCCACCCAAAUGUUGUUGAGCUAAAAGAAGUCAUGGCAACCAAAGCAAGAAUCUUUUUCGUAAUGGAAUACGUCAAAGGAGGUGAAUUGUUUGCUAAGGUAGCUAAGGGAAAGUUAAAGGAGGAUUCAGCAAGGAAGUACUUUCAGCAAGUGGUUAGUGCAGUAGAGUUUUGUCACAGUCGUGGCGUGUUCCAUCGUGAUUUGAAGCCAGAGAAUUUGCUAUUGGACGAGAAUGAGAACUUGAAAGUCACUGAUUUUGGCCUCUCUGCUUUGCCAGAACAGCUCCGAAACGAUGGUUUGCUGCACACGCAAUGUGGCACUCCAGCUUACGUUGCGCCGGAGGUUUUGAGGAAGAAAGGUUAUGAUGGAGCCAAAGCUGACAUUUGGUCUUGUGGGGUUAUUCUGUUUGUUUUGCUGACAGGGUAUUUGCCUUUCCAAGCUGAAAAUGUUAUGAAGAUGUACAGGAAAGUUUUCAAGGCAGAAUAUGAGUUCCCACCCUGGAUUUCAAACGAUGCAAGGAGAUUAAUUUCGAAGCUGCUUGUUGCUGACCCUGUAAAGAGGAUUACAAUUCCAGGAAUAAUGCGAAACCCCUGGUUCCGAAAGGGUUUUACAAAGGCUGUUGUAGUUUCAACUGAAGAGUCAUCGGCAGAAAUUGGCGACGAGGGUGACAUUGAGAGCAGUGGAGAGAUGGAAAUGGCAACGACGAAAUCAUCACCACCUUUCUACAACGCGUUUGAAUUAGUAUCGUCGAUGUCAUCAGGAUUUGACUUGUCAAACUUGUUCGAGAGCAAAACGAAGCCAGCUUCUCUAUUUACAUCCAAAUGUUCAGCUUCAGCGAUCAUGGCAAGGCUUGAAUCCAUGGCAAAGAAGUUGAAUUUCAGGGUGUUGACUAUGAAGGAAUUCAAGGUUAAAAUGCAAGGGAAAACGGAGGGAAGGAAAGGAAAACUAGCCGUGACGGCGGAGGUUUUCGAGGUAGUGCCCGAGGUAGCGGUGGUGGAGUUCUCCAAGUCCGCUGGUGACACUCUCGAGUACAACAGGUUUUGCGAGGAAGACAUGAGGCCAGCCCUUAGGGACAUAGUGUGGAGUUGGCAAGGUGAAAAUAGCUGUCACUAAUGGCAAAUACUUGUGCCUUGAUAACCCUUGUUUUUGUUUGUAAUAUAUAGACUUUAUCCCUUAACCUGGUUUUCUUAUCGUAUGUGUUAUUGGAUCUUAGAUAAAUAUAUACAAGUAGAUGUUUCAAUAUUUUGAGGCAUGAUCAGAUGAGAUUUGUACAUGAAUUAUUAGUCGGAGAAAUAAGAAUGGUAUUUUAGUUUCAAA